AUGGCGAGAACUGACAUAGGUCCCCAUGCCAGUUUUGGCGGUGGGGGAGAUCGCCAUACACCUCGGACACCCACCCCGUAAGUCUUGUUUACAACUUUAAACAACUGUCUUCUCUCCAGUCAUCGGCCCGUAAUUCUUGUCCAUGGGAUCACGAAUACAGCCUCCAACUUUGCACAAGUUCGUGAAUUCUUUAAUAAUCAUGGUUAUCGAGACUUCGAAGUGUACGGAACUACAUAUGGAGAUGGAGGCCGAACAAAUGCUUUGAUGUUUACAAUGGACUGCCAUCAUAUGAAGAUUGUAGGUCUGUGUCUUCAUGAAUCCAACUUCUAGCUUCGAUCCUUUAUACAAGUAGUUGCUGAUUACACUAGCUCCAAGGUGAAUAUAAUUGGAUAUUCUAUGGGAUCUCCUGUUGCCAGAAAGGCCAUCAUGGGUGGAGUUUGUGUGGAUACUGGAGAGCAGUUGGGAGGGCCCCUUUCCCAUCUUGUCCAUACUUUUGUUUCUGUGGCGGGGGCCAAUUUUGGAUCCUUUUUGUGCGUCUUGCCAUUUGGAAGCUGUAAUACAAAUAAUGGACUGGGCUGUGGAUCUCGGUUCUUGAAUGAUAUUAACUCACGGUAAUCUCUUCUUCACGAUUUUUAAUUAAUUAUUCAGACAAAGAUACGAAGGAGAACGAAUCUUUUCUAUUUAUUCUACGAGCGAUGACAAAGUUGGAUAUCAGGCCUGUGGCACGGUAACAAGUAAUGUUCCAGGGCAAGAUGCCGCGUUUCCAGUAAGUUUUGAGGAAGUUUUUACUCUCUUGCAGCAACAUGGAAUGAAUCAUGAUCAAGUCAUGAUGAACACAGCUCAAUUGCAACUAAACUUGGUGACAUAUGGUCGGCCAAAUUGA